CAAACAAAAGGAAAACCCUACCUCGUACAUUGCAAUCCAUCGUGACCCUUCCCUCAACACCUACUCCUGAGCUUCCAAGACGCAGCACCAAGGACGAAAGCUUGACUCACUUUCGUCCUAAUUUUGCGACUGACAAAUCCCCGUUGCAUUUAUUUUAUUUCCUUCGUUUUCCCAUACUAUUCUGUAUAUCGCGAACGAUACCCAUCCUAGCCCCACCCCCCAAAUUACGCCACACCUAAACGAAAGAAGGCGUUGCGCUUUUCCUGCUGCCGUUUCAAACGUCAUUCCAGUCAACGGAUUCCCCGACUCCAUCGAUUCCUCGAUUUUUACCAAGCUAUUGCGAAAAAAAAGCAUUACGCGACACGAACACCGCCAGACGGCCCAUACAUACUAUUACGAUACCACAGCACACCACAAUUUCCCCUCGACACACAUAUUCGCUGAUACUGUUUCGCCAUCAUGGAUACAAACAUGGAGGACGUAGGGCGAGUCCCUGCUGAAUUGGCACCGUUGCCCGUCUCGGAGCCGACUACCAUCCCCACCCUCGACGGAUGGAUUGAGAGCUUGAUGAACUGCAAGCAGCUUGCCGAGGUCGACGUCCAGAGACUUUGCGAGAAGGCCAGAGAAGUAUUGCAAGAUGAAUCCAACGUUCAGCCUGUCAAAUGCCCGGUGACGGUGUGUGGCGAUAUACACGGCCAAUUCCAUGAUUUGAUGGAACUAUUCAAGAUCGGCGGCCCUAACCCCGACACCAACUACCUAUUUAUGGGUGACUACGUCGACAGAGGAUACUACUCUGUCGAAACCGUGACACUCCUCGUCGCGUUGAAGAUUCGAUACCCCCAACGCAUCACCAUCCUACGUGGAAACCACGAGUCACGCCAAAUCACUCAAGUCUAUGGCUUCUACGAUGAAUGCUUGCGCAAAUACGGCAAUGCCAACGUCUGGAAGUUCUUCACCGAUUUGUUCGACUACCUUCCCCUCACUGCGCUUAUCGACAACCAGAUCUUCUGCCUUCACGGCGGCCUCUCGCCCAGUAUCGACACGCUGGAUAAUAUCAGAGCCCUCGACCGGAUCCAGGAGGUUCCCCAUGAGGGACCCAUGUGCGACUUGCUCUGGUCCGACCCUGACGACCGAUGCGGCUGGGGCAUUAGCCCCCGAGGUGCUGGCUACACAUUCGGCCAGGACAUUUCCGAGGCCUUCAACCACAACAACGGUCUCACACUGAUCGCACGUGCCCAUCAGUUGGUCAUGGAAGGGUACAACUGGUCGCAAGAUAGGAACGUGGUAACCAUCUUCUCUGCACCUAACUACUGCUACCGAUGUGGUAAUCAAGCAGCCAUCAUGGAGAUUGACGAACACCUGAAAUACACAUUCUUACAGUUUGACCCUUGCCCUCGAGCUGGCGAGCCGAUGGUUUCUCGACGCACCCCGGAUUACUUCCUCUAAGCUUCGGGCAAAUCUUGGUGGCGCACCUUGGAGAUGUGGUGCGCGGAUUCAAGGUUUGGAAGGUCUUUAGGAGGGUCUUCAGGAGUUACGUUGAGCCUAGAUCGCCAUACCCCCCUGUCUUUGCCGAAAGUCAGGGUGGCGGCCUAUGCACGUUGGCCACAUCAAGCAUACACGGAGAUGACCCACUAAGAACUCGACUGUCGACGGUCUUUGACUAGGCCGGCCCCGACACGCCUUGUGCUGCGGAACGGCUCCAUCUGUCCCUUGCCGCGUUUCCGCCUCUUGGCCCCAACCUCUUGCCCAUUUCAUGUUAAUAGGCAGAGACAUGUUUUGAGCAGCAUAAUGCGAAGUACUUAGGUAGAUACUUAGGUAGAUACCCAAGCAUUAGAAUUCUCACGAGUGAAAAGAGAAAGAUAAUUUCUAGUAUCGAUCGGGUGGUCAACUGGCUUUAUGCAAAUAUGGUGUUCUCGAGGGAUGUGUCAUUGUUUGUGAGCAAUCUUACUAGUAAUGAAGAGAGCUAUUGAUAUGU